AUGUCUCUGGCUCAUCAUAUCGACCCGGACGAGCUGGUAGAACGUCUUCAUGAUGCUCACCUCACUGAGAAUGGUCGCCAGCUACGGCAGAUGAUGGCGACAUCUCAUCUCACACCGUACGGUACUAAAUAUGCUAGCGAGGUGGACGUACCCAAGUAUGAGCUUCCGAAAGAGGGAGCGCCUGCGGAUACCGCGUACCAACUCAUCCGCGACGAGCUAGAUUUAGACGGCAAGCCAAAUUUGAAUCUUGCUAGCUUCGUGGGAACAUACAUGGAACCCAACGCCACACAACUCAUGACCAAGAACCUCGCUAAGAACCUCGCGGACAACGACGAGUACCCAGCAAUGAUGUCGCUACACGAGCGCUGCGUAAGUAUCCUAGCACACCUCUGGGGCGCCAAGAAAAGCGAGCGCGCAAUCGGCACCGCGACCACGGGGUCUUCCGAAGCAAUCCACCUAGGUGGUCUCGCCAUGAAGCGUCGCUGGGUCGAGCACCGACGCGCGCAAGGUCUCGACGCGUCAAACCCAAACAUCAUCAUGGGCGCCAACGCACAAGUGGCUUUAGAAAAAUUCGCGCGGUAUUUCGAUGUCGAGGCGCGCAUUCUGCCUGUUUCGAAGGAGAGUAAGUAUCGCUUGGACCCGGAGUUGGUGAGGAAGAAUGUGGAUGAGAAUACUAUUGGUGUGUUUGUUAUUCUGGGAAGUACGUAUACGGGACAUUUUGAGCCGGUAGAGGAGAUUGCGGGGAUUUUGGAUAAGGUACAGGAGGAUACUGGUGUGGAUGUGCCGAUUCAUGUUGAUGCGGCUUCGGGAGGGUUUGUGGCGCCGUUUACGCAUGCACAAGCUGGGGGGUCGAAGUGGAACUUCGAACUCCCCCGUGUAAAAUCCAUCAACGUAUCGGGGCACAAAUAUGGGCUUGUCUACGCCGGCGUAGGCUGGAUCGUAUGGCGGGACGAAUCUUACCUCCCGAACCACCUCAUCUUCGAACUGCACUACCUAGGCGGCACCGAGAAGUCCUUCACGCUCAACUUCUCGCGGCCCGGUGCACAAGUCAUCGCGCAGUACUACAACCUGAUUCACCUGGGGUUCAAUGGGUACCGCGAGGUCAUGGAGAACUGCCUCCGUAACGCGAGGCUCUUGUCCAAGAGCCUAGAGGCAACGGGAUGGUACACAUGCGUGUCUGACAUCCACCGCCGCGCCGGCACCACCUCAGGCGUCAUCGCAGAUGCUAAGCACGCUGUCCUUGGCGAAGAGGGCGAGACUUCAGCAGAUUACGUCACAGGACUGCCAGUUGUGUCCUUCCGACUAACCGACGAUUUCCAUAAGGAGUUCCCACACAUCAAGCAAGAGUCCGUGUCCCUACUCAUGCGCGCUCGGCAAUGGAUUAUUCCAAACUACGCUUUACCACCUAAUGAAGACAAGACCGAGAUUCUAAGAGUAGUUGUCCGGGAGAGUAUGAGUCUGGAUUUGAUGGAUAAGCUCAUUGCGGAUUUAGUGUCGGUUACUCAGACAUUGAUUGAUAAUGAUGAAGUCGAUCUUUCGAUACUACAAAAGCAGAGGCCGGCGGGAGAUACGAAGCAGAAAAAGGAUGGGAAUGGUGUGGAUUUGACGAAGGAGAGUGUUGAUGUGCUAGAGGGGAAGGCGGCGAGGUUGGCGGAUGGAAUUCAUAGGACUUGCACAUUCCUCCCACUCAUCCUCGCAGCAGCGACCUCCAUCUACGCUGCCUCCCUACCCGUCGGCAUGAACCACCUCGAGCGCCGCAUGACCUGCAGCGCGGGCCUCGACAACCCAUGCCAGGACCUAUGUUUCUGCUCCUCCGGUAGCGUGGCGUGCCACGAGGACCCCACUAGCCGGUGCGUGCAGAUGUGUACUUGCUAG